UCCAGUCGAUCUGUCGGCAGCGACCGAUACACAUCACGCGUUCUGUUUGAUUUCCCGAUAGCGAAUCGUACCGCGUAAUUGGCGUAUCUCAUCGCGGCGAAAGCAUCUUUUUUGAAUAAACAAGGCGACGCUUUUAAAAUUCUUUCUGUUUUCUCAUCGGGAAAAAAGUUAUUAAUUUUAGUUCAAACGUAAAUUAACGCGCGAAGUCAAGAAGCAAUUUCAGCAGAAUUAAAAUUUGCUGCGUGCGUUAAUUCGGUGUUAAAUUUCCGAGACUAAAACUGCUGAAUUAACUAACAUCGUUUGCAAGUGAUUUGUUAUUAUGUAAUAUGAUCGAACGUGAAAAGUAAAUAUCGGCGCAGUGUAUGCGCUUCUUAUAUAGAAGUUCUAUUCUCGUGUGUUCCGUCCUCGGGGAAGGAAACGUGGCUGCGACCUGUGUCUUAUGUUCCGAGUUUUGAGCGAGCAAGUCUAUGCCGCGAUCUUUCAAGGAAGAUGUCAACGACACCUUUAAGAAUAGCGGCAAAUCCACAAACGCACGUGGUUCUGUCCUGCGUUUAAUUGAAAAUGUUAUAAUUAAAAAUGUACAGUCUUCGUUCAAUUAAAAGAUACGAACAAACGAAAUGCUGGAUAUUCUCUAUAAUUAUAAAAUAAUUGAUAAUUAUAGAAAUGAAGAUUUUAGGGAGUAUAUUAUGUGACGUUUUUUCAAUGAUUUACAUAUAUAAAUUUUUUGCAGUGCACAUUGCGUCCAAUAAUCAUUAGUCGCACUGUGUACUAAUAAGAGAAAAUGAUGCCUUUAAAAAGGCCGCACAUUCACUCUGUAAAAUCGCGCAUUCUUCUUUAAUGUAGAUCAUUUAACUGUACAGAUGAGUGUGUGCCGCCCGCGCGAGGCAGAUUGGUUUUAUUUUUAAAUUUCUCGACUUGGCAGGCCACACUGCUAGCAGCACGUGUUUCACACACGGAUGAAUCUUUCUUUCCGCAAACAAUGCGCAUAACGCGAUAUAGCCGUCUGGGUAAAUAAUGAUCUCCCUAUCCAACAACACCGCUUCACAAAAAAAAGAGUUAUCAAUGCGAUAUGUGAUAACGUAUCGUGCAGAGCAUCAUUCUGUAGAUCAGGUCAUCGUUCGUUUCGUUGAAGCUUAAAGAGGAUGGUAUUCGCCCACGAGAUUGGCAACCGCGAAGAUCAAGUUUUAAAGUACCUUUGAGAUUGAUGCGAUUAUGUUUGCUGGGAAUGCUUUUGCCGUUCGUAUUCAUUAUUGGGCCGCUGUAUCUGCGAUACCGCGUAUACUCCGAGCAGCUAUAUGCCUUAGGAAUAUCAGAUCAGAGACUGAUCGAUAAUAAAGUAUCUACCGUUUGGUGCCAAAGCCAAGUGAUCAAAGUUAACGCCACGUUCAACGCGUAUCUCAUGAGUAACGAGCCAGUGGUUGAAAAGGAAGCGGUGCCCGUUUCGAUGACGAGACAACUCGUUAUGGAGGAUGACAUGAAGGAGUAUUGGGGAUUUUAUCUUCUGCACGGCAGUAGUGUCACUGUUUCAGCUUGUGUAAGAUGGCCAGGUGCUUCUUUAACGAUAAUCCGUGGCUUCAAGAAUCUACACGAGUGCGCCUUCAUCGGAGAUGACAGUAGUGAGGAACUCGAGGAACUCGUUGAAGUCGCUAAAGAAAAAGGUCUUCUUGAUGUAAAGAGCACCACGGAGACAGUGCGUCUUAGUAAUGUACCUGAUAAAAUGAGACGAGCAGACCAGGACGUACAUUUUUAUCAUGAAGAUAAAGCUCUUCGUUUGAAUGUUUCUAAAUCAUCUAAACAUCAGCUGGGCAGUCACGAGUUGGACGCUGAAACGAUGCGAAAUAUACUCACCCAGCUUCUGGCCAAAACCGAUAAUACAAAGAAGAAGCAGAAAAAUCCGCAUCACCAUUACGAAGCAGUCUUUAGGGAUAUUACUAAUAUAGAUAAGCCAGCGACGAGCUAUCCUAAAAAUUUACAAGAUCAGUUUCAAGAAAAGUCAAUAAGUACAUUUGACAAUAAUAAAAAGAUAUCAGAAAAUAGUACAAAAUCCACGCCAGUAUCUUCGAAACCAGUUUCUCUCCAAGAAGAGCAGUACAACCACAACGAAUCUGAAACCAAGCAAAAUUCUACAUUUUCUCCCAAUCUUCAUCCGAGUUCUACAAUAUCUAGCAAGCAAAUGGAGUCUAGUACAACACAAAACAUUGUAAAAGAGCAAACGGAGUCGAAAAUCAAACAGACAAACUCUGAGGAGGUGUUUCAAGAUAUCCUACGAAAAAUCAAUUCUCUAGGUGACCGCGGUAAACAGAUGCUGCACAAAUUGAUGGACACGAUUGACACGCAGGCUGGCGCCAAAGGCGCUGCGUUGAAACGAUUGGUGAACGACACUAUGAAUGAUAAGAGAUUGUCGAGAGAAGAUAAACGGAGAAGAAGAAGAGACUUAGUCCUAUCAUCGCCGCUUUAUCGAGAAUUAACAGAAGCGGAUGAAGAUGGCGACGCAGCGGUGGAAGAGGGUAUGCUGCAUCCAGAUGGUAUCGCGGAGGAUCGAGGUACCGUAAACGAAACAACUUUGAACGACAGAAGUAACUCCGAAUUCUGGAGCUCGUUCAGCAGUUCCGAAGAACGGCUAUUGGAAUGCAAAGGCCUUAUCCUGAAUUUACCUUUGACACCGCAUCGUUUUUGUACACCCAAACACGAAAGUGAUCAUUCUACGGCUUCCUUUGCCAACACGGUGACGUAUAGAGUACCUCUAAAUGGAUAUUACUUCUUUGUCUUUAAUUCGGAAAAUGAAGUUCAACCCAAUUACGUGAGGGUGAAGUUUGACCUUUUAAAGACUGUCUACAAUACUUCGAAUCCCGUGCACGCAUGUAAAAACAGCACGACGGAAUGCUCGUUACCGUUUAAAAUAUUCAGCAGUGAAAGGACGGUAUUAGAAUUGCCAUUAAGUGGAAAUGAUUCACAAUGGAAUGAAGAAUAUAUUGGUGUGUCUGUGUGCGAACCAAGAACAAUGGUUUACACUAUUUGUGUCAUCAUGGUGCCUUUGCUGAUCCUUUGCUUUGCUUUUCACUAACAGAUUGCGUUGUCGACAGUAUUUACAGUACCUAACACAUAUUUCUAUUGACAUAAUUAAUAAUAUCGAUAUUGCAUCAAAGUCAUUUGAAAAGAAGGACAAUAAUAGUGAUAAUUGAUGAAUUCGAUAUUUUUUAUUACAACUGAUUGAAUUAAUAAUAGAAAAUAUUAUUAUUAAUACUGCCUUUCUUUGUUGU